CCGGGCCCGGCCCAGCUCCGCGGGGCCAUGGCCGAGUGGGCGCCCGCCCAGGUGCAGGAGUGGAACAUGGAAGCCCCUCACCUGAUGCCGCUGCAGCCGCCGCUGCUGCCGGAGCGGGCGCACGUGCGGGAGGCACAGCUGCACUCGGCAGAGGCCUCGCUCUGGACCGUGGUGGCCACGGUGCAGGCCAUGGAGAGGAAGAUCGACCUCCUGGCCACCCGCCUGCUCAGCCUGGAGGGCCGCUCCGGCACGGCCGAGAAGAAGCUCCUGGACUGCGAGAAGACGGCCAUGGAGUUCGGGAACCAGCUGGAGAGCAAGUGGGCCGUGCUGGGCACCCUCAUCCAGGAGUACGGGCUGCUCCAGAGGCGCCUGGAGAACGUGGAGAACCUGCUGAAGAACAGGAAUUUCUGGGUGCUGCGGCUGCCCCCCGGCCCCCGGGGCGAGGUCCCCAAGGUGCCGGUGACGUUUGUUGACAUCGCCGUCUACUUCUCGGCGGAGGAGUGGAAGAAUCUGGAGGAGUGGCAGAAGGAGCUGUACAACAACCUGGUGAAGGAGAACUACGAGGCUUUGCUGUCCCUGGACGGUGCCCUCUCCAGGAGCGAGGCUCAGCCCCGCAGCGAGCGUGGGGAAGGGCCCUGUGUUCCCGAGCAGCGGGAGCUGGAGCAGCGGGAGCUGCCGCCGGACGCCUGCGCAGAGUCGCUGAUCUCCACCUCCGACAUCCUGUCCCGGAUCAAGCAGGAGGUGGCCUUUGUGGGGGAGCAGCAGUUCCCAGAGGAGCGGGGGAUGCCCCCAGACCCCUGUGCAGGCGCAGACGCCCUGAUCACUGCACACGACUUCUUGUCGUGGAUCAAGCAGGAGGAGGAGCCCUGUGUCCGUGAGCCCUGGGAGCUGCCGGAGAGGGAGAUGCUGCCCCCGGGUCCUGGUCCUGCCGGCGAGGGGCUGCUGGUGAAGACGGAGGAGCGGUGCCCCCACGCCGAGCCCCCCGAGGAGGUGGGUUUGCCGGGCGGCUCCGGGGAGCUGCUCUUCCCCGGCCCGGGCUUCGGGACCCCCGAGGGACAGGCGGCGGUGCCAGCGGCCGUGGCUCUGCCGGCGCAGCACAGACUGGGCAAAGCUCCGGGCGCCGAGCCGGGCCCGGGCGCCGAGAGCGGGGGGGUCCCCGCGGCGCCGCCGGGACCCGCCGAGGAGCGUCCGCACGGCUGCGCCGAGUGCGGGAAGAGCUUCAGCGGGAAGAAGAGCCUGCGGAUCCACCAGCGCAGCCACGCGGCCGAGCGGCCCUACCCGUGCGCCGAGUGCGGCAAGAGCUUCAAUUGCCACUCGGGGCUGGUGCGGCACCAGAUGAUCCACCGCGGGGAGCGGCCCUACAAGUGCUCCGAGUGCGGCAAGUGCUACAGCCGCAAGGAGCACCUGCAGAACCACCAGCGGCUGCACACCGGGGAGCGCCCCUUCGCCUGCGCCCAGUGCGGCAAGAGCUUCAUCCGCAAGCAGAACCUGCUCAAGCACCAGCGCAUCCACACCGGGGAGCGCCCGUACCAGUGCCCGGCCUGCGGCCGCAGCUUCCGCUACAAGGAGUCCCUCAAGGACCACCAGCGCGUCCACGGGGCCGAGGCGGGGCCGCCCCCGCUGCCCCCGCCCGGGAUCAUGCCCCCCGGGGCGGAGCCGCGCGGCCGCCCUCGGCGCCGGCCCCGGCCGCGGCCGCUGAAGGGGCUCCGGCUGGGCAUGGCGGCGUCGGCCCACGCGGCGCUCUCGCUCGGCGGCUCCGGGAAGCCGGGCUCGACUUUGGGCUGCUCGAGGAGCGGGCUGGGGUCGCGGCGGGGCUCGGGGGGCGGCGGCGGCGGCGCCGGGCUCUGGCGGGCGCCGGCGCGCUCCUGGCGCAGCCGGGAGCAGCCCAGCCCGCGCGGGGGGCCGGGGGCGGCCGGGGCGUCUCCUGGGGGGGAGGCGGAGGAGGGCAGCGACUCCUCGGUCAGGGCGCCGUGGAGCGGGGAACGGGCCGGGGGCUCCUCGUCCGCCGGGGCCUUCUCCCAGGUGGGCCCCAUCAGUACCCGGGGCAAGGCGCCCAUCUCCGGGCCCGGGCCCCCCGCCUGCUCCUCGGGAUGCGCCGAGUCCAUCCCGCGGCCCAGGGCGGGCAGGGAGUCCUCGGGCAGGGAGGUGACGGAGCCCUGGGAGCUGCAGCGGCGGAUCAGCAUGGCCUGGCGGGACAGCUUCAUGUCCUCCUCCGCAGACAUGGGGGCCUCGGGCCCCGGCUGCAUCCCCGCGGCCCCGCCGUGGCCACGCUCCACCUCCCGGCCUUCCCGUUCCUCCUCCUCCGACAUGGAGGCGAUGAUCUCGGGCUCCGAGUCGUGGCUGGCCUGCAGGAAGGUGGAGGCCACCAUCUUCUCCAGGGGCGUGAGGCGCGGCUUGUGGAGCGGCCCCCCGGCGCGGUUCAUGGGCAGGUGCUUCUUGGAGGUGAUCUUCUUCUUGACGUCCAGCCGCAGGGCCUCGGACCCGUACAGGGCGCUGAAAUGCCGGACCACAUUCCAGACCAGCGUCUCGGUCUCGUCAUUGGAGAAGUUGGCCUUCCUCUUCCGGCCAGACGCUGGCAUCGCCUGCGAGGCUGCGGCAGAGGUGGAAGGGGCACAAUUGAACCUCGGUCCCCACUCCUCUCUGUCAGCUCCGGGGGGGAACAUGGGGCUGCGGGAGCCCGAGGGAGCCGCGGAGGAGGGAGCCGAAGCAAGAGCCCCGGAGGCAUCCAUGGCAUGGGAGGCUUGGGCCGGGGAGGAUCUAAAGAGCCGCUUCGGCACAGCACGCGGCACGGGCGCGCCGCAUCCCCUCGCCCCGGCUCGGGAGCACCUGGGAGGGGAGAAAAGGAAAGGGCAGCGGUGGGUGGUGGCAGCGCGGGGUGACGGCGAGGGAGCCCCCGGCUCUCUCCAAGCAGAGGCACCCGGGAGCCCCCAGCCAGCUGCCACGGGGGCCACGGAGAGGGACGUGGCCGUGGAGAGCGCUGGGACCGCGGGGUCGUGGGGUGUCCCCAUGAAGGGCUCGCCCGGCGCCGGCCGACACCAUGUGCACCGCGUCCUCCAGCUCGUAGAAGGCCUGGAAGAGGUCCGGCGAGGUGGCCUGGCACUCCAGGUACCGCCGCAGCGUGGCCAGGCUCCUCCAGACCUCCCGCUCCGAGGGGCAGGGCGGCACAGCCGCCAGCUCUGCCGCGUCCUCGCCCUCCACCAUCCCCUCGUCCCCGUCCGCCUCCACCAGCUCCCCGCCGCGCUCCAGCUGCUCCCGGCCGAGCAGCCCGUGUGCCAGGCUGAGGGAUGUGGCCUCGGCGCCGGUGUCAGGGACGAAGCUGGCGGCACGGAAGCAGCUGGCGAUGAGCCCCGGGGACACGUCGCCCCAGGCCUGCGCCAGCAUGUACAGCACAUCCAGCAGGGUGGGCUGCCCCGCACCGCGCUCCGCCGGCAGCCACCGCAGCAGCCGGCGCCGGUAGUGGCCUUUGAGGUCGCCGGCGAUGCCGCGGUCCAGGGGCUGUGCCAGGGCGGCGGCCGGAGGGACGAAGACCAUCCUGACGUUGGACAGCUGGAGGUAGGGGUGCGCCUCGUGCUUGGUGAGGAGCAGGAGGAUGCUCUUCCCCUGCCGCCGCAUCCCCUCGUUGAACUCCCGCAGCCACUCGGCGAAGAGCGGCGCGGUCAGGCCGCCCAGGCUGCCGGCGCGGUAACUCCACGGCAUCUGCUCCAGGUUGACACCGCGCAGGCAGCGCGGCCGGGGGCUCUCCCCCAGCGCCCGCAGCGGCACCUUCUCGGAGCCGCUGGCGUUGGCGCAGAGCAGCAGCGUGAGCCGCUCGCCGGGGCAGCCGGCCGGGAGCGGCACCGCGGCCUCACCGCAGGAGAAGAUCUCGGAGGGCGCGUAGCCGCGGAGGAGCGCGGGCAGCACCGCGCCGGCCCAGUGCUCCGCCGGCGGCUGCUCCGCGUCCCCUUUCUCUGCCGGCGGCUUCUUGAAGGCCGCGACGCGCGCCAGCCACCCGCCGCCGGGCUCGGGGCCGGGCCGGCCCAGCGCCCCUGCCACGUGCCUGGCCCUGAGCUGGAGCAGCGGGCGGCCCACGGGCAGGUCAGCGGUGCGGGCGCCCUCCACCCAGCGCAGCAGCGCGGCCUCGAGCGCCGCGUCCUUGCCCUCCCGCUUGCGCUUGCGCUCGGGGUCUCCGCUGCGCUGCCACUCGCUCAGGAUGCGCUCCUUGUUCUUGAUGAUGCGGCAGAUCUGGGGCUGCGACACCCCGAAGCGCUUGGCCAGCUCGCUCUGCGACACCUUGGGUCCCUCCAGCAUCUCCAGCACCCGCACCUUCUCCGUCAGCGACAGCUCCUUGCGCUCCUUGCGCGGUGCUGCCGCAGCCCCCUCGGCCGUGCCCGGGGCGCGGCCGGCACAGGGGCCGGGGCGGUGGGUGCUGCCCGUGGCCCGCAGCCCCGCCGGCUCGGCGAGGCCCCUCCCGCAGUGGCCGCAGCCGUAGCCACGCUCCACGCCGCGUGCCAGCCGGUGCCGCACCAGGUCCGGCUUCUGCCCGACGCCUCGGCCGCACUCGGGGCACUCCAGCGGCGGCUCCCCCGCCCGGCAGCGGCGGCUCUCGAAGGCGGGGAGGGAGGUGAUGAACCUCCCAGUACCCGCAGCGGGAUUCGGCUCCGGCUCGGCGACGCCGCAGUAGCUGCAGCCCCGCUCCUGCAGCGGGGUGAGGAAUUCGGCGGGGCCCGUGUGGUGGGCCGGGGGGGAGCAGGGGGCUGCCCAUGGAGCCACCCCGUGAUCUCCGCGCUCACGGCCAGGCCACGACCGGCAGCACCGGGACCGGUGCCGGGAUGGCCCCGGCGCCUCACCCAGCUCGAUGGGAUGCUGACGGUCCUCCUUCAUGGCACCGGCCCCGUCCCGGUCCUCGGGGAGCCGCAGCAGCGCCUGUUCCCACGCACCGCCCCGCACCGCCCGCGCCGCAUGGCAGACUGGGCCCCCGCUCAGGAGCUGGAGAGCAUGAUGGAGCCGCAGGAGCUGGGCCUGGAGCAGCCGCUGGCCGCCCCCGAGCAGGGCCCCGGCGGCGAGGCCGAGCUGCCCGCCGCGGAGAUCUCCCUGACGCUCGUCACCGAGAUCCAGGCCGUGGACAGGAAGGUGGACACGCAGGCGGCCCAGCUGAUGAACCUGGAGGGCAGGAUGAGGAUGGCCGAGACGAAGCUGAUCGGCUGCGAGAAGACGGCGGUGGAGUUCGGGAACCAGCUGGAGAGCAAGUGGACGGCGCUGGGCACCCUCAUCCAGGAGUACGGGCAGCUGCAGAAGCGCCUGGAGAACAUGGAGAACCUGCUCAAGAACAGGAACUUCUGGAUCCUGCGGCUGCCUCCGGGGGCAAAAGGGGAAGUCCCCAAGGUCCCCGUGGCCUUCAACGACGCUUCGUUCAGCUUCUCGGAGGAGGAGUGGAAGAGCCUGAACGAGUGGCAGAAGGAGCUGUACAGGCACAUCAUGAAAGGCAACUACGAGGCCGUCAUCUCCAUGGAUGCUGCCAUUUCCAAGCCUGACAUGCUGUCCCGGAUUGAGCAGGGAGAGGAUCCCAACGCCGAGGAGCAGGAGGACUCCGAGGCAGGGGAAACCCCCACAGACCCCAGCAGCGAGUUUUUCUUCCCUGGGCCCGACGAGAGCUCGUGGGGUAAAUACGAGGAGACUCUGGCUGAGAGCCACGAGGGCUCGGAGGAAGAGGAGAGCAUGGAGGUCCCCGGUACAUACGAACAGCCCUGCGACGAGGAAGGCCCCGAGAGCCUGGAGCUUCCCAAGUCGUUGGCAGGGAAGUGGGAAGAGGUUUUUUCCAGCCCGGAGGAGGAGAUGCAGUCGAGCAGCAAGAGCCAGAGCGGGUCGGACCCGCAGCAGCGAACGGCAGCGGGCAACGGGCUGAGGCGCUCCGUGCGCCGCAGGAGGGACUUGGCCAAGAAGGAUCCUCCCGAGGAAGGAGCCGCGGAAAAGGGGCCCUACAUCUGCUGCGAGUGCGGGGAGAGCUUCCUGGACAAGCAGCUCUUUGCCACCCACCAGAAGGCACACGCCAGGGAGGAGGCCUGCACGUCCCUGGAGCGCGGCGAGGGCCUCUGGCAGAAAUCCAAGCCCAAGGGCCAGGGCUCCUCCCGCUCCAAACCGUCCAAGCGCCCCGACGGCGACAAGGGCUCCGGCUUCAAGUACGGCCUCGUCAGGCACCAGGUGAACAACAUGGUGGAGAGGCCUUACACCUGCUCCCAGUGCAAGGAGAGCUUCAGCCUGGAAGUGAGUCUUAUCCUGCACCAGAAGCUGCACACGGGGAAGGGCGACGGGCCGCUGACGUGCACCUACUGCGGGAAGGACUUCCGAGACCUCUCCAAAGCCAUCCGCCACCAGCGCAUCCACACCGGCGAGAGGCCCUACCAGUGCACGGAGUGCGGGAAGAGCUUCAUCCGCCGGGAUCACCUGCUCAAGCACUGGCGGGUGCACACCGGGGAGACCCCCUACCAGUGCCCCGUCUGCGGGAAGCACUUCCGCUACAAAGAGUCCCUGAAUUGCCACCAGAAAAUCCACUCCCGCAACCCGCGGCCCACGGAGGAUUCGCAGCUGGGCCUGGAGUCGGCGGGGACCCAAACCAAGCAUUUCUGCGUGAAAAAAGAGACUACGCAGUACCAGGCUGUGGUUUCCCUCUGGCCCGAGGGGACGGCGCUGCUGGGCCGACACACGGACUCCUCCCGAUGCCCGGCGGCGGGCGGAGGUGAAGCGGAGAGCGGGCGCUGGAUCCUCCCGGCCGCGGCCCCCGGGGCCCCGGGCACGGAACAAAGGGCCAUGGCCGAGGGGGCCCCCGCUCAGGCUCCGGAGCCGGUGCGGCCGCGCUGCCCCUCGCCCCUGCGGCCGCCGGCCGGCCCCGAGCGCACCUCGGAGCGGGAGACGCAGACGGCUGAGCUGUCCCUGACCGUGGUGGCGGCCGUGCAGGCCGUGGAGAGGAAGGUGGACUCCCACUCCACCCGCCUGCUCGACCUGGAGGGUCGCACGGGGAUGGCCGAGAAGAAGCUGAUCGACUGCGAGAAGACGGCGGCGGAGCUGGGGAACCAGCUGGAGAGCAAGUGUGCGGCGCUGGGCACCCUCAUCCAGGAGUACGGGCUGCUCCAGCGGCGCCUGGAGAACAUGGAGAACCUGCUCAAGAACAGGAACUUCUGGAUCCUGCGGCUGCCCCCGGGCAGGAAGGGGGAAGUCCCCAAGGUGCCGGUGACAUUUGACGACGUGUCCGUCUACUUCAACGACAAGGAAUGGGAGAAGCUGGAGGAGUGGCAGAAGGAGCUGUACAAGAACGUGAUGAAGGGGAACUACGAGUCGCUGAUCUCCCUGGACUAUGCAAUUUCCAAACCUGGGGUUUUGUCUCAGAUCGAGCAAGGAGAGGAAUCGCGGGGCAGGAACGAGCAGGACUUGGAGGAGAGUGAGAUCAUUACUGAUGCCACAGCAGCUGGAAUAAGGGUUGUGAUCAAAACGGAGGAGCUCCUUCCCGAGGACAGCCCCGAGAACCCCGAGCUGCACGGGAUGUCGGGGCAGUCGGAGGGCAGCUUCCAGAGCCCGGACGAGGAGGCGGCUUGUGAGAGCCCCUACGGCUCCGUGUCCCCUCCCAGGGACCUCCCGGGAACCAGCCUGGGGGACUCGUCCGAGUACGGAGCCGACUUCAACGAGAUCCAGAGAGUCAUCGUUCACCACGGGAGCUGCACAGAGGACGGGAUCGUGAUCAAGACGGAGGAGGAGGAGGAGGACGACCCCGACACGCUGGAGCCGUGCGCCAUGUUCUCGGGCAGGGCCGAGCCGCCGGCGUUCCCCAGCCACGAGGCCGGGCUGGGCUGCGAGGCGCAGUGCAGCUCCAAGGCCCAGCCCAGGGGCCUGGCAGCCCGCGUGAGGAAGCCGUCGGCCUGCGAGAGGGACCCCGGGGAGAUGAAGGCGGCCAGCGCCCAGCAGCGGAACCGGACGCGGGAGAGACCCUACAUCUGCCCCGAGUGCGGCAAGAGCUUCAUGCUCAAGAUCAACUUCAUGAUCCACCAGCGCAACCACCUCAAGGAAGGGCCCUACGAGUGCCACGAGUGCGACCUCAGCUUCCGCAACAAGCAGCAGUUCCUGCUGCACCAGCGCAGCCACACGCGCCGCGGCGUGGGGGUCCCGCGGCGCCCCGAGCACGGCCUCAAGCCCCCGGCGCGGCCCCCGCCCCCGGGGAAGCCCUACAAGUGCUCCGAGUGCGAGAGCAGCUUCAGCCACAAGUCGAGCCUCAGCAAGCACCAGAUCACCCACGUCGGGGAGCGGCCCUUCACCUGCGGCGAGUGCCGGAGGAGCUUCCGCCUGCAGAUCAGCCUCCUCAUGCACCAGAGGAUCCACGCCGGCAAGAACGAGAUGGCCUUCCUGUGCCCCCAGUGCGGGAAGAACUUCACCCGGCCCUCCCACCUGCUGCGGCACCAGCGGACUCACACCGGCGAGCGGCCCUACCAGUGCAGCCAGUGCGAGAAGACCUUCAGCGAGAAGUCCAAGCUGACCAACCAUUACCGCAUCCACACGCGGGAGCGCCCGCACGCCUGCGCCGUCUGCGGGAAGGGCUUCAUCCGCAAGCACCACCUCCUGGAGCACCAGCGCAUCCACACGGGCGAGCGGCCCUACCACUGCACCGAGUGCGGCAAGAACUUCACGCAGAAGCAUCACCUCCUGGAGCACCAGCGGGCGCACACCGGCGAGCGGCCCUACCCCUGCACCGAGUGCACCAAGUGCUUCCGCUACAAGCAGUCCCUCAAGUACCACCUGAGGACGCACAUGGGAGAGUGAGGGGCUGCCCGACGGCUUCCUCCCCCUCCUCUCCCUCCCUCCACCCCUCCUCCUCCUCCUCCUCUUCCUCCUCCUCCUCCUCCUCCACUCAUCUCUCCCACCCUCCCUCCAUCCGUCUCCCCCCACCCCAGCUCAGGGCAUGGACAUCAAGGAAGCUUUGUGUGGUAGCGCCGCUGGUCUGGUGGAGACUGGGCUGAUUGGAAAUAAAUUAAUGAAUUAAAGCAAGCAACGCGCGGCAAAAUUAAAAGAUUAUAUAUAUAUAAAAUUAACAGAAGCAGCUGAUUUAGGGGGAAUCCUCACCACCAACAAAAGGAACCUGUACAGGGUGUUUUGCCGGAGUAGGACUCGUAACUGCUUUUUAAAUCUACUGUUCGGUUUUUUAAAAUAAAUGUGGAGGAACUUUUUAAUUGAUAAGCAACCUUAGGAUGGGCAAGAUUUUCUGGGUGGUUUUUUUUGUUUUUGUUUUGGUUUGGUUUUGUUUUUGUUAAAUGCUCUGUAGGCUGAUUCUGGCACAGUCACUUUUUGUCCAGGAGCUCUGCAGAGGUGCUGCCUCGUCCCAGCUCUCCGGGCUGGACGCGACAGCCGCUCGGCAGCGCGUGGUUACAGAAGCUCCGGCCGGGGGGAGGUGAGUAAUUAACAGAUCCAGCUAACGAGGAGGUUCUGCGUGUGUCUAGAUUGGAAGCGCCGGUAGGUGCCUGCCCGGCUCGCGGGGCUGUGAUGCACUCCUGAAUUAUACAAUAGAAUAAAAUUCUAGUUGCAGUAAAA